AUGUUCGGCUCCUACCGGAGGAAGGCCACUCGCCUUUUGCACACGGUGCCCUACCUGCAAAAGCUUGGUGUGACUUGUGACGGCCUGCCGCCUCUAUUGUGCAAGACUUUUGCCCAAGCACUUGUGGAUCAGCUACUUGCGUGCGGUGCGCGUGCCCCGGCGUCCUCUCUUGCAAACGCUUCCCUGUCGCUCUCCAUGGGCCCGGCCGACCAGCUGCCGUGCACCUCAAAGACCAAGCUGGUGUUCCAAAUGCCUCCGAGCCAGCCCUUUGGUUCCACGGGGUCUGGCGCCUGCCUCGGCGUGCCAGCCGGCAUGUCAGCCUGUAUCGAUCGCUUGUGUGAGCACAGCUCGGUCAGUGUGGCGAGGGAACGAACGGCCGAACUUCGCAAGUGGAUGCUUAGGAAGAAAGAUCUUGAUGAGAGUUUUGAUGGACCCGCGCAUUGCAAGCAGAUUCUAGCUGGAAAACCCAUGAAACUCUUCGGGGAAAUGGUCGAGGCUGCCGGACAUGCUGAUGUGAACUUGGUACGAGAUAUACAUAACGGUUUCGACCUGCUUGGCGAGAUCCCUUCCUCGUCCGUCCUGCCGAAGAAAACCACAGUGGCAUCUCUCAGCAUCGAGGACGCUUGCAGGGAUCCUGAAAUCACUUCGGAAGUGUAUCGCCUUACCUUGGAGGAGCGGGAUAAAGGGUGGCUGACCGGCCCCUUCACUCUCGCCGAUGUGCCAGAGACUGCCAUCGUUACACGCCGUUUUGGCGUCAGGCAAGCUGUGACGACGACGGCCACCGGUGUGGCGGCUAAGAUCUGUCCUAUCGACGACUUCACAGAAAGCCUGGCUAACUUGUCGUGCACGUGUGCGGAAACCAUCGACCCGCAUUCAGUGAACAUCAUUGUUGCCGGGAUCUUGAAGCGGUGCAGGUCGCUACGGAAGUCCGGGAGGGACGCACGCUUGCUCCUUCGUACAAUAGAUCUACGAAAAGCCUAUAAGCAACUUCCUUUGUCGGAGCGUCUACCUUUCGGCGCAAAGCCCUCUGUACAAGGCUUUUGUCGUGCAUCAGGGGCGAUCUGGGCAGUUGGACAAGCCCUGCUCCACAUCCACUGGUCCGUCUUCUUUGACGAUUAUGUGGUAGUGGCCUCGCCCGAGGAAAAGGGUCACCUUGAUCUUGUGUUACGGUCGUACUUUGCCUUGAUCGGCUGGGAAACGUCCGAUGAAAAGGACGCCGGGUUCAAAAGUGUGGCAAAAGCCUUAGGCGUAGAAUUUAGCUUGGACGAGAUCCACUUAGGUCUGCUUAGGGUGCAAAACACAGAGGCUAGGAAGCGCGAGCUUGUGUCCACCAUCGAAUCCAUCGUGCAGCAAGGUGGAGCGCAUGCCAAAGAGCUUGAGUGCCUGCGGGGCCGUCUUCAGUUUGCCGAGUCGCAGGUGUUUGGUCGGGGCCCUGCUUUUCUUGAAGCCGUUUUUGGGUUUCAGGCCCGUGAACCCCUGGUGUACCGCCUCAGUGGCACAUGGGCAGCUUCUCUCGUGAUGGCAGAGAAGAGGACGUUUGAUGCUGCAUUCGAAGGGCAUCUUGCUCAUGUUGUGCACCAGAAUUCUACGAGCAACUCAAAGCAGCCAUGGGAGAGAAGCAUUGUGAAUGUGCCGAGUGUAUUGCCGAAAGCUUUCUUGGGAAGGGGGCGUCUUGGGAAUGUGCUUACUCAUACGGCUGCUGCUCCUGUGAAAGCUCCGAGUGGCCCGUCGGCUAUAAAUCUGACUGCUACUGGAGGCAAGCUGCCACGGAAGGUUGGGCCUUCCUGGAUUCAGAGACAAUCGGAUAACAGACAUGCGGCUGUCAUGAAGUGGCUUCGGAUUGCUAAAGAGGGUGGCGACUUCUUUGGGGUCUGUGCUAGAGUGGCGGAAGAUGCUGAAGCUGGAUUGCCAGCCUCACUGCAGGAGUCUCUAGGAGAUGUUUUCUCACUCAAGGCGAGCAGUACGCUUCACAGCAGGGCUGGCCCGGUCCUGAGAUACAUGGCAUUCUGCUGGCGCAUCAGAGAGCAGCCUUUCCCUUUGUCCGAGCAGAAGAUGUAUCGCUUCGUCAAGGAAUACUGCAGUGGGGCUGCGCCUACCUUUGCCUCCAGCUUUAUGAGUUCCAUUGGCUUCAUGCAAUAUGUCUUGGAGGCGAAGGUCCCGGCCGAUUGUGUUAGCAGCCGGCUGGCUGGCGCAGUUUCGAAGCUCUACUUGGAGAAGAGAAAGCUGCAACAGAAGCCGCCGCUGACGGCUUCACAGAUUCGGGCUUUGGAGCGAAUUGUGCUGGGACUUAUACCUGAAGUCCGUGCGGAUGUCGAUAGAUACGCGGCAGGGUGCUUUUUGUAUUGUGUGUUUGCAAGAGCCCGCUAUUCGGACAUGCAGUGUUCUGGUGAGCUGGCGAAAGACAUCGUGCAAGGUGAGCGCGGACCGCGUGGGUACCUUGAAGCGAGGGUCACCAGGAGUAAAACGAGUCACAACUUGGAGCGUAAGACCCGAUAUCUUGCUAUGGUCAGUCCGAUAUGGGGCCUUGAGCAGGAUUCUUGGGCGUUGGCUUGGAUGGAGGUGGCUGGCAGGGCGGGGCCCGCAUGGGGGCCUGACAUGCCCCUGCUACCGUCCCCCACCGACGGUGGCCAAUGGCAGAAGGCGCCUAUGUCUGCGCAGGCUGGAGCGCGGUGGCUUCGCCACCUUCUCUAUCGUGCAGGCGAGGAUGUCGCAUCGGUCAAGGCCGUGGGCACUCACUCCUGCAAAGCUACGCUUUUAUCUUGGAUGUCCAAGUGGGGAGCUAGUAAGGAGAUCAGGUCGAUACUCGGAUAUCAUUCUAGUGCCAACGCCGGCACGGAUGUGAUCUACGCGAGGGACAGCGUUUCCCCUGCAUUGCGUGAGCUGGAGGAAAUGGUUUCUGCGGUCGCUUACAGGCGCUUCUUCCCGGACGCCACGCGCUCGGGCAUGUUUGCGGAGUCUUUGGCUGCCAGGGGAGAUGCUCAUGACAAGGCCGAGGUCGGUUCAGAUUCUUCUUCCGACAGGAGCGAUGACGAGGAGGAGCCGGACACUCUCGAGGAGGAGAAGGUGGUUGAGGACAGUGUCGGCGAUUUUGAGCCGAGCGGUUGCCUUCGAGAAAGCCUGGAGGGCAAGGCGGUUUUUCGGCAUGUCACCACCCGCUUCAUACACUUAGUCGCUUCUGAGGAGGGCACAACUUUUAAGUGUGGCAGGCAGAUCACAUCGUCUUACUUGGAGUGCAGUGCGAUACCCAGGUUUUUGCAUCCGAUCUGCCGGCAGUGCUUUCCAGAGGCGAGGUGA